AUGACGGUCAGCACGCUUGGUAUUCUGGCGCACGUCACGCCCGCGCUGAUCAAGAAUGCAUUUCGAAACUAUGUGCGGUUUUGGAUAACGCUCGGCGAUGGAUCCAAGCGCUUGAGCGCGAACGAAUUCUACUAUAAUCAGGUGUUCCUCAUGAUCAAGGAACUGGCGGAUUACCUGACGCAUGAGACCGCAGAAGAUGUACAGAAGCUAACAGAUACACAACUUCCUGCGCCCCCGUGGGCAUCCUCGCGCAAGGUCAUGAUCCCGAUGAGCACAUGCAGUGAUGCCGCGCAGUACCUUAUCGAGUACUUUGGUCCUCAAUCGCUGCAAGAAGUCGUUGGCGGCGCACGCUGGUGGCAGAUGCGCACAUUGGAGGGUGUUCCUGGCGAGUGGAUCUCGCAGUAUACCGACUACCAUACAGUGGUGCGCGCGUCCGAAGGGAAGAACACGAGUCUCUCGACAUCCAUGGCAAAGCACAUGACGCGGAACACGCAAAACCGGAACCCCCGUCACGAGCAGCCGAAUCAGCCAUACGAGCAGCCGAAUUCAGAGGCAGGCCGCUAUGCCGAUACAGACGAGGAGCGAACGCGACUGACCCGCGUCAUGCUCUACUUUCACGGUGGCGGUUAUUACUUUGGGUCGAACGAGACACAUCGUUUCAUGAUCCUGCGCAUCGCGCGCAAGUUUGGCGGCUUUGCGUUUGCCGUAAACUACCGCAAAGCACCCCAGUACCCAUUCCCAUGUGCCAUCCAGGACUGUCUGGCCGCGUACCUGUACCUGACGCGUCCGCCACCGGGCGCAAAACAUGCGCCUGUGCCGCCCGAAUCGAUCGUGUUUGGCGGUGACAGUGCCGGAGGAGGCCUUGCGCUUGCCGUCCUCCAGGUUCUCCGUGAUUUAGAGCUGCCGUUGCCCGCAGGUGCCGUGCUGCUCUCGCCAUGGUGCGACCUGACUCACUCUUUCCCGAGCAUCUUGCAAAAUACCAAAACGGACUACAUUCCUCCGUACAGCUUCAUCCACAAACCCAGCGCCAUGUGGCCAUUGCCCACCGAUACCGGCGUGUUUGCGCACUCGUGGUGCAUGUUUGGAAAGCGCCGCUCGCGCAGCGUUCCGCCGCCAGCCGCGUGCAAGCAGGAAGAGGUUGUAAACGUCACAGACCCAACGGGCAAAUCGAUUCCGGUCACUUCGCAAGUCCAGAUGUAUGCGACCAAUGCACAGCUUUUCCAUCCUCUGUGCUCCCCGGCGCUCAGCGGCAGUUUGGGCGGUCUUCCGCCUUUGUUUGUCCUCGCGGGCGACGCCGAGGUUUUGCGCGACGAGGCGAUCUACAUCGCCCACAAGGCCGCGCAUCCCGACCGAUUUCCGCUGCGCGACGAGCUGAUGGACAGGUACCCAAGCAUGCGCAAGAUGCAGGCCAAGUACUACCACCAGCCCACCAAGGUGCACUUGCAGGUCUACGACGCACAGUGCCACGUCUUCCCCAUGUUUUUGCUCACCACACCAGCCAAGUACGCAUUCCGUGCACUAACCUCGUUCAUCAAGUACGUCACCGGCGCGCCGUGCAUGGAAGUUCCCCAGGCAUCGGGUGCGCAAAAAGAGUGGCAGUACAGCGGCACCGACGGCGAUGCGUUCUUCCAGCCAAACGAGGAGAGUGUGUACUCGGGCAAGGUCCCUUUGCAUCGCCAUGCUUUCGACGGCAAUAUGAUCCGCGAGCGUGUGGAUUACACAGGCAAGGUGCGGCCCAUGGAGGCGCCGGAAACGAUGCAGGCGCUCCGCAUGCCGUUUGGCCGCGUCGGUAUGGUGAAUUACGACACAUACCAUCGAUUCCAGGAAGGCCACACGAUUUGGGAUAAUCGGUACCAACACUCCACAAAGCGCGCCCAGAAGAAGCGCGCUAAAUACGAGCGCCGCUUUGCGCGCUUUUUGGAAAAAGCACAAGACGAAGGCCUGCUUGACGAUAUGGGCGAUUUGGAUAUCAGCGCGAGUGGAACGCAUUGGACCGACCUUGCCGCGUUUGGGCCGACUGAUCUCCACAACGAAGCCCCACCGCCCUCGUCGGUUGUGCGGCGCAGGGAUACGCCCGAGUCGCUGAGUAUGCUGAAAUUAGCGCUGUACCAGCGCGCACAGCGGCGCAAAUCGCUUGGACUUGCCGGAAACGCGCCGCCACACAAGGACGAGGCGCUGCACUUGCGUCGCAGCGCUUCGUUCUGCUCUACAUGGUCGGGCGCAACGAUUGGAGAGAACGAGCCGCGGAUGCGUGGCACUGGCGAGCACAGACCGACGGACGAUACAGGCAAGCCGCUGAGUAAGCGGUUUGGACUGUGGAAGUGUACGUAUCUGUAUGGCUAA